AAUAGUGUAAACCGUCCAUUGUACACGUGCUGCAGAGACAUAGCUAAUCAUAACUCCCUCUACAUGUAUAUGCACUGGAGUACAUAGGUGUAGCCUCUUUAAAUGUGGUAGUGUAUACUUUUUAUUUGUAACAUAUUACAUAUUACUGGGAGGCAGUCCUUCAUUAAACUGAUGGCUUGCUAAUAGUCCAGGAUAAUCAACUGAUAUUUUCAUCAGUGGAAGCUAACUCUCUCUCCAGCUUUUAGCAUGUGAUAACCAUCAGAGCUUGGAGAAGAGGACACACCUCCAGCUAAGAGGAAAAGCAGGGAAACAGUUUGGUGGAAACUACGUCAAUGCACUAAAAUGAAACUACGUAUAGAAAAAGCAACAGAAUAGUCCAAUAGCUAUAAUGUAGGAAGGAGAUUACAGUUGCCACCUGAUAGUGCUGACGGAGGAAUAUCUGUCAACUGGGCCAAUUAAAAGGGAGAACUUCAAGGACAGCCCAAAGCAUUUUGCUGCCCAAGGAAGAACAUCCAAAUCCUCCUGCUGGUGCUUAAAGCAUAAUGAAAAAAGUGAACAUUUGCUGCCUUCAGAUUUGCUGCCUGAGGCACCUGAUCUUGCCCUGCCAGGAGAGACUGUACUCACAUCCCAGAAUUGUGGCAGAAAAGUGAUGUAACACUCAAGAAUAAUGGGGAAAUGAUGUCACAUCUGAGAAUCUACCACUUACUUUUUACAUUGUUGAAUUUCUAUAGAGAGCAAUUGAGUCAAUCAUUGACAAGGAUUAACAUGGACUUCUUGCAGCAGGAGAGGGGAGAUCAGCCUCUGGCCUCUUCCACAGACAUUAUCUGAUAAAAGAAAUGUGUCUGUUGGUUUGAACACAGGCUUCUGAUGGCUACUUCAUGGCUGUUCACACAUUAAAAGGACUAUAGGAGAAGAUACAGUGUGAUAUUUCUUGAUUUUCAGUCCAGAUAUUAUACCCUUUUAAAGGAUUUGACUUGAAGUCUUCAUAUCAGAAUAAUGGAAUUCAUACAGAAGAAUAGUGUACAACUUAUUCAAAGAAUGGGGAUGCCAAUUAUCAAGCAAAUUGUAGAUGACCUUUUUGCAGAAUUUGUUUUGUCUGAAGAAGAGGCAGAGAUCAUUUGCCAAAGGACUAGGCAGGAUGCUUCAAGAAGUUUGAUUUACUCAAUUUUGAAAAAAGGUGAAAGAACCUGUGAUCUUCUGGUUAAGUCGUUGGAGAAAAGGGAUCCUUUCCUUUUUCAGAAUCUACAGGAAUACUGUGCUGCUGGGGAAAUGACACAAGAAAACAUAGACUGCUUGGCUAAGGAUUUAAAAGACUUUUAUAAGUAUCCAUCAUUUAAAAAAUUUCAUCCGCUGGGAAAAGAAAUUGAUAUAAUCUUUGAUUUGACAGAGUCUUAUACAGACAUCUUGCUUUGGAAGAAAAAUACUCACAACAUCCGGCAAGGACAGCUCUCCUUAAAUGACCUUUUAAAUGAACUAGAAAAUCCCUGUAUCAUAGAAGGAGAAGCUGGCAAAGGCAAAACGACUCUCCUCAAGAGAAUUGCUUUACUUUGGGCAAAUGAAGCUCAUCUUCUGAUGAAAUUCAAACUUGUUUUCUUCAUCAGCCUGAGUGUUGCACAGGCUGGAUUGUAUGAGACAAUAUGUGGACAGCUUCUUACAGAGCCAUAUACAAUAUGCAAACAGGACUUUAUGAAGAUGUUAAAAUCUCUAAGAGAAAAGGUCCUCUUCCUGUUAGAUGGUUAUGAUGAAUUCAGAUCUCAGAACUGCCCAGAAAUAGAACUGCUGAUAAAAGAAAAUCACCAGUUCAAAAAUACAGUCAUACUUACCACCAGGACUGAGUCAAUCAGCAGAGUAAGGCAUAUCGGGUCACUGAUUGCUGAAACAGGUGAUCUAUCCACAGAAAGUGCAACUAAGUUGGUCAGAAAUGUAUUGAAACCCAAGUUAGCUGAGGGCCUUUUGUCUCAGCUGGAGAAACCAGAUUCUACUUUUCAGCAAUCAGGCUCUGCAACUGAGAAUCUGAUGAAAACCCCUUUAUUUGUGGUCAUUGCUUGUGCCAUCCAAAUGGGGGAAGCCACUUUUAAUCCACACACACAGACAACUCUGUUCUGCACACUGUAUGAUUUGCUGGUGGAGAAAAAUAAGCACAAGACCAGAGAAACAUCUGAAGAACAUUUUUGCUUGAGCAUAAGCCACUGUGGAGACUUAGCCUUGGAUGGAGUCUUUGACCACAAAUUUGAUUUUCAGGUUGAAGAUUUCUCCAAUGUGAAAGAAGAAGUCCUGCUAGCUACAGGCCUCGUGAAUAAAUACACAGCUCAGAGACUAAAUCCAAUUUAUAGAUUUUUUCAUAAGUCUUUCCAGGAAUACACCGCAGGCAGGAGACUUUCCAGUCUAUUGGCAUCCCACAGGGAUAAGGAGAUGGUCAGAGGGCAUAGUUACCUACAAAAAAUGGAUAAUAUCUCAGAUAUUAUUACUACUUACCACAAUUUACUCCUGUAUACCUGUGGAUCAUCUGCAGAAGCAACCAGAAAGGUUAUCAAGCACAUGUCAGCCAUUUAUCAGCAAGGAUGCCUUUUUGGAUUGCCUUCUCUCUGUGAUUUAACACCGGAAAUGAAAGCUAUGAAAAAGGAAGCAAACACUCAAGAGGAAGAAGGCUUGAGUGCAGUUUUGGGGAACUCAUUUGUGGAAUGUGCCAUUAGCUUUCUUUAUGAAAGUUUUUCUGAUUCAACUGUGAGUGAAGAGUUUGAGGAAUUCUUCCAUGGUAAAGGCCUGUACAUCAAUACUCAGAGCAUUCCUACAUACAUCUGUGGGUUCUUUGAGCAUUUUUCUAAUUGUGUGAGUACAUUAGAAUUCAUCAAAUUAGACUUUUUUGGCAGCUCUUCUUUGGGGGACGUGGAAUGUUCUAAUUCUAAUCCAAACCCAUGGAAAACAGUCAUCCCUGAAAAGGCUGUCUCCUUAUUCUUCAACUGGGACCGAAAGCUCAAUUCUUUAGAGAUUACACUCAAAGAUUUCAACAAAUUAGAAAAAGGUGAUGUCAAAUAUCUGGAAAAAAUAUGCUGCUCUGCCUCAGGUCUCAGGCUGCAUAUCAACAAAAGUCCAGGAGUCACAGGAAAGCUGAGAGACGUCCUCAAAACAUGCUCUAUAAACAUGCAGGACCUUACUGUGGAAUCAACUCCUCUUACCACAGAAGAUGAGCAACAGAUAGCAGAAAUGGUGGUACUGAAAACCAUAAAGAUAAAAGAUCUGCAGAAUGAAAGCUUAGGUGGAGUCCUUCUUGAUAGAAUACCUGACCUUGUCAAUGUGGAAAAACUGACCCUUGACAACAUCAAGAUGAAUGAGGACAGUACCAAAAAAUUAGCAAAAGGCCUGAAGGAUUUGAAAAGGCUGCAUUCAUUACAGUUGAGUCAUCUUAUGGAUAUUGGGGAUGGGAUGACACAUAUAGUAGAGUCAAUAUCCACCUGCCUUGGAGAUCUGGAAGAAAUUCAUCUAGUCAAUUGUUGCCUAUCUGGGACUGCUGUGAAAAUUCUAGCCCAGAAUCUUUGCAGUUUUCACAAACUAUAUGCUCUUGAUUUGUCUGAUAAUUUUUUGGGAGAUGGUGGAAAAGAAGCUCUUCAUAGACUGGUUGGCAGUUUAACUGUCCUACCAAAUAUGAAAGUGCUGAUGCUCCCUUGGGAUGAUGAGGCAAACCUUUGCCUUGUUAGGCUGCUAGAACAGCUAGAAAGAAUGCCGCAGCUGACAAAAUUUGGGCUGAGAAAAUGGGGCAUCACGGACUCUGAGGCUAUAAUUCUGGGUACAUUCUUUGAGAAGACAUCCCUGAGAGAUAUCCAGUAUCUGGACCUGGCAGAGAACUGCAUGACAAGUAAUGGCUGGCUUACCAUCCUAAAGGUGUUACCGAAUCUCAACCAGUUGACAUUUCUAGAUUUCAGCUGCAAACAAGGCUUUUUGCCUUCCUCCCACUUAGUCUUGUCAAUGAGCCGUAUGAUAACCCAGCUGGAUUUGUUACAAGAGAUCAAAUUGACUGGCUGGCAAUUUGAUGCCCAGGAUCUCAGAGUAAUUAACAAAGCAAAGAAACAUCAGGGAAAUAAAUUGCAAGUAAAAAUUUCUUAAGCAAGGCCAGCUGUGAGCAUAGAGAUUUACCAGUUUCUCCUCUCCAUGAUCACAUUCAUGCAAAUCUCAAGAGUGACUGAAGUAGCUUUCUGAUAUCUCAGAAAGAAAGGCGAGGGCAGCACCAGUCCAGAACUGGAAAAAAAUUAAAUUCCAAAGGGAAUGAAAAAUAUGUUUAAUUCUCAAAACACUCCAAAUCAUAUAGUUGUGCUUUUUGGUACCUCCUCAUCACCCAAAUUUUAACAUUGGGAACUGUACUUCUUCCUGACUGUGGAGGAGCAUGGAAUAUUAUACUUGAAAUGUAGACUGUAAUGAAGGAUAGAAACAUUUCCUGUUCAACUAAAAAACAAAACAAAACUCAUCUACCAUUUUUUUUUAAAAAAUUGUUUCCUUCUUGUUUUCACUUUUACUGCACCCUUCCUUCAAAGACCUCAAGGUAGCAUGCCAGGCUCUUCUCUGUCAAUGACAGGUUUACAUAGGUUUACCUAUCUAUUUUGAAAGACAAUUCUCAAUUGUUUAGUAUACCCUAAGACCAUAGGUGGCCCACCUGAAGCUUUCUAGCUAUUGUUGGAUUACAACUCCCAUUACUCCCAGCCACAAUUUAUUGCAGCUGUGGAUUAUGGGAGUUGUAGUUCAACAACAGCUUGGUUGCCCCUGCCUUUGUUUUCUUCCACAUUUUUCUUUUUUAUGAGUUGAUCCAAAUCCAGCUGGAUUUGUUACAGACUUGGCUGUUUAUAGGUUACCAUAUCAUGCAAAAACAUCCACCCCAUUUGUUCCUGUCUCAAAUGCAUGUUUUGGGAGGUAUAGAAAUAUUUUAAAUAAAUUAAAUUAAAUUAAACGCC